UAUUGAAAAGCUCCGCUUGUAGUUCUCGUCGAAAUUUUCCUGGUGUGCGCAGUAUUGAGUAAAUUUUGUUUUUCCACUUUUGUUCGAAGUAGUAGUGCGUGUUUAAUUUGCACUGUUGUUUUUCGUUGGUGUUUUUUUUCUCAUUUAUGGAAGAAGCUGCCGCCGAAGAGACUCAUCCGAAAGUUGCGAUCAAGAAAGAGGCUCUCAACGAUGAUAUAAAAGAAUUUGCCGAGACAGCCAUGAACGAGCUUCUGGGCUGGUAUGGGUAUGGUAAUGCCAAUCACAGGGAUGCGAGGGCGUGCAGGUCGCAUUCUGGAAGCAACAGCUCUGGACCGGAGUCCCCGAAGUUUAACGAGGGCUGCGGCUGGUGCGGCAAGACUGUGGACGAAAACACGGGCUUGUCUUCGGCAGCGGCGACCUUCUGCUCCGAGCUGUGCUUCUCCCAGUCGCGCAGAGCCAACUUCAAGAAGAACAAAACGUGCGACUGGUGCAGACACGUCCGACACACCGUCUCGUACGUCGAUUCCCAGGACGGAACGUCCCAACUCCAAUUCUGCUCAGACAAAUGCCUCAACCAGUACAAGAUGCACAUCUUCUGGAGGGAAACCCGCGCCCACCUCGAGAUCCACCCGCACAUCCACGGCGACGAGUCCUCGGGGACGCUCAUCACCCCGGACCUCUGGAUGAACAAAUGCAAGUCACCCGAGACCCAGCUGUCACCUUCAUCGUCGCCCAAGCUGGAAACCCGACAGCAAACUUCACCCUUGCCCCUCAUCACGGUGGCGCACCCGUCGAAGUUGAUGUCGCUUCCGCUGAACGACGACUACAAGAGACGAGGCAAGGUGCAGAAGAAGAGCAAGAAGAAGAGCUUGAGCGUGCCGGCUGUUAGUAACAAGUCGUUCUCCAGCGAGAUGCCCCAGGAUUUGAGAGUGAGACACACUCCGACGGACUUCGAGAGUUCGAGGCUGAGGGGCGACGAACCUAAGGCGGCGAGUGUGGCGGAGGCCGACUCCAGGCUGGACCAGCAGGGAUGUAGCGACGAAGCCGCUAAUCGCAGGAAGUUGCUGGAUAGUUUAGUACCGCCUCCGACAAUCUUGGUACCGUACCCUCUGAUUCUACCUUUACCUAUACCUAUUCCUAUACCCAUUCCUGUACCAGUUCCAAAUGGUGUUUUAAGUAAGAAUUGUAAAGACGAUGAGAAAAAGCACGUGGAUGUGUGCGUCCAGACGGAGGAGGAGGAGGCUAGUCAAAGGGUGAACGAAGUCGUCGAGGAGGAUAACGAGAAGGCGAACGUUAGACCUUCCAGAAAAAGGAAACGAAUCGUAGAAAAGAAGUCGAAGUUCGUCAUUAAAAAUAAGAAGAUUCUCUCCACUUAAAUGUAACGAGUUUAUGGAUAAUUUAUAUUUUUCUUAUUUCUCUUUUGGUAUUUAUUGUUAUGUACAUACACUUUAGUAAUAAAAGUGGUAGUCGAAAGUG